UCUGCUCCACCGUGGGCUGCCCGCCGUCGAUGCACCUCUCCUCUAUAUGCCUGUUAAUUUUGCGUAUCUUUAGGUAUCUAAACAAGUGUCUCAGGACUUUUGAGCUUUCAGCUGAACUCCGUGGGUGACCAUGAAUGCCAGUGGCCCUGGCUAUCCCUUAGCCUCUCUCUACGUGGGAGACCUGCACCCGGAUGUGACUGAAGCCAUGCUCUAUGAGAAGUUCUCACCUGCAGGGCCCAUCAUGUCCAUCCGUGUCUGUCGGGACGUGGCCACGCGCCGGUCGCUGGGCUAUGCCUACAUAAACUUCCAGCAGCCUGUGGAUGCUGAGCGAGCUCUGGACACCAUGAACUUCGAGGUGAUCAAAGGCCGACCCAUCCGCAUCAUGUGGUCCCAACGGGACCCUGGGCUCAGAAAAUCAGGGGUUGGAAACGUCUUCAUCAAGAACCUGGAUGACUCCAUUGAUAACAAAGCCCUGUAUGACACCUUCUCUACCUUUGGAAACAUCCUGUCAUGCAAGGUGGUUUGUGAUGAAAAUGGAUCCCGUGGCUAUGGCUUUGUCCACUUUGAGACACAUGAGGCAGCGACUCGGGCCAUUGAGACAAUGAAUGGGAUGCUGCUCAAUGACAGGAAGGUGUUUGUUGGACACUUCAAAUCCCGCAAGGAGCGCGAGGCAGAGGUUGGGGCGAGGGCAAUAGAGUUCACCAACGUCUACAUCAAAAACUUUGGGGAUGAUAUGGAUGAUGACAGACUGAGGGAAAUAUUCUCCAAGUUUGGAAAGACCUUGAGUGUCAAGGUCAUGAUGGACAACAGUGGCCGCUCAAAGGGCUUUGGAUUCGUCAACUUUGAGAAGCACGAAGAAGCCCAGAAGGCGGUGGCUGACAUGAAUGGGAAGGAGAUCAACGGGCGCGUGGUGUACGUGGGCCGGGCCCAGAAGCGGCUGGAGCGCCAGAGCGAGCUCAAGAGGAAGUUUGAGCAGAUGAAACAGGAGCGAGUGAACAGGUACCAGGGGGUCAACCUGUAUGUGAAGAACUUGGAUGAUGGGAUAGACGACGAGAGGCUGAGGAAGGAGUUCUCUCCCUAUGGCACCAUCACCAGUGCCAAGGUGAUGACAGAGGGUGGCCGCAGCAAAGGGUUUGGGUUUGUAUGCUUUUCAUCCCCAGAAGAGGCCACCAAGGCCGUGACAGAAAUGAACGGGCGGAUCGUCAGCACAAAGCCUCUCUACGUCGCGCUCGCUCAGAGGAAGGAAGAACGGAAAGCAAUCCUCACCAACCAGUACAUGCAGAGACUGGCUACCAUGAGGGCCCUGCCUGGCCCUCUCCUGGGCUCUUUCCAGACCCCCCCAGGGUACUUCCUACCCCCCAUGCCACAGCCACAAACCAGAGCUGCCUUCUACGGCCCCAGCCCUGUUGUGCCAGUCCGCCCUGCCACUCGCUGGAGUGCACAGCCCUCCCGGCCUCCCUCAGUGUAUCCUGAAACCACCCCCAUCCUGAGGGCUGCCGUGCCCCCCCGGCGCCUGCUGUCCAACAUCAGCACCACCAGACAGGCCUCCACCCAGGUGCCCCGUGUGCCCCCCCAGGCCCAGAGAGUGGCCAACAUCGGGACGCAGACGGUCAGCACCCGGCUGCCCUCCUCGUCUGCCCUGCCACGGGGUGCCCAGCAGUACAAGUACUCCUCAUCUGCCAGGAACAUGCAGCCCGUGGGGCACAUGCCACCCAUGGUGGCCCCGCAGGUGGGAGAACCUGCUGUGCAUGUCCAGGGGCAGGAGCCACUGACAGCAUCCUUGCUUGCAGCAGCCCCUCCCCAGGAGCAGAAGCAAAUGAUCGGUGAACGCCUCUACCCUCUGAUCCACGUGAUGCAUCCUGCGCUGGCCGGCAAGAUCACCGGGAUGCUGCUGGAAAUAGACAACUCUGAGCUGCUGCUGCUCCUGGAGUCCCCAGACUCCCUGCGCUCCAAGAUCGAGGAAGCGGUCACUGUUCUCCAGGCACACCAGACCACAGAGACACCCCUCAAGGGCAGUGCUGGGCCGUUCCUGCAGUGACUCCAGACUUUGGGACUGAGAGCAAGCCCUGAGAAUGUUGUUGUUGAAGAACAGGAGCAGGAGCCCCACCACACUGUUGGAAUCAUGCCCAUACAGUGACCCUGGCUUUGUCUUCAAAUGCCCCAUCCUAUUGUUCGUGUGUAUUGUAACCCUUGUAAAUUGCUUCUUCCUGCACCUGUGAAAAUCCCCACAUUAAAUCUCUCUCACCACUGAAA